AUGAAAUGUAUACUGAUCAAAGAUGGGACUGGUCCAGCGGAUAAUCUUCAUAUGGGAGAAGAGAAGACUCCCGAGCCUGGCAAAGGAGAAGUGCUAGUCAAGGCAUUCGGUCUCAACCGAAUGGAUCUUCUCCAACGAGAGGGUAAAUACCCUUUACCUCCUCAAGCAUCGAAAACAAUCUUGGGAGUAGAGUUCUCAGGAACAGUCGAUAAGUUGGGAGAAGGUGCGAAGGUGUAUAAGGAGGGAGACGAAGUUUAUGGAUUAGCUUAUGGUGGAGCAUACGCUGAAUAUAUCGUCAAUCCCGAGACUAUGUUACUUCCCAAACCCAAAGAGUUCGAUUGGGUGGAAGCAGCUGGUAUUCCGGAAGUAUGGAUGACAGCUACUCAAGCUUUGAUGGUAGAGACUCCUUUGAAAGAAGGUCAGAAUGUUCUAAUUCACGCAGGAGCUUCCGGUGUCGGUAUCGCAGCGAUCCAAAUUGCCUUACACGUGAUCAAAGCUGGAAAAGUGUUUACGACCUGCGGAUCAGAUGAGAAAGUUGAAUUCUUAAAGCAGUUGGGUCACAGUGAUAGAUUACAUGUUUUCAAUUAUAAAACUCAGGAUUUCGCCAAAGAGAUCAAAUCCCACGCACCUGGCGUAGAUCUCAUAAUCGAUUUCAUCGGUAAACAAUAUUGGAACCAGAAUAUCUCAAUCCUCAACUUGGACGGUCAAAUGUUGUACCUCGCUUUCAUGUCUGGUGCUGCCUUCCCCGAGGGAGCGAACCUUGCCCCGAUAUUGGGCAAGAGAUUGACGAUCAAGGGAAGUACCUUGAGAUCGAGAAAGGCAGAAUAUCAACAUGGUUUGUUGGAGGUGUUUAAAGAGAGGGUAUUACCUGGUAUACUCAAGGGAGAAUUGAAAGUGAAGAUUUAUAAGACAUACCCCUGGACGGAUGUCAUUCAGGCUCACAAAGAUAUGGAAGGGAAUAAGAACAGCGGCAAGAUUGUCCUCGAAGUCACCGAGUAG